UUGCGUCUUGUGUAGAACUAGACAUUCUUGUUGCAUUUAUUGCUAAAUUAAAAAUGUAUGGUAAUUCAUCUUAAGUUUCCGAUAUACAAACCUCAUUUAUUUAUUUAGUUUAUUAAUUUAAAAUUGCAAAAUGUCGUACAAUAUUUGUGAUACAUAAUAAUUUUAAGUUAAAUGUUAGCGUAGAAGUUCUAAUGUUUUCUAACUCUAUCAUUGAGUUUACGUAUUUUAUACCGCGAAUAUGAUGUCCUUUUAAAUUUUAUGAAAGUUGAUAAUUAAUUGUCGUAUAAUAAUGAUGGAGAACAUAAAAGUGUGCCGUAUAUGUCUUCUCAUGGAUGUAAAGAUGUUCAAUUUUUAUUCCUAUCCAUUAGAAACUUAUUACGAUAUUUUGGUAGGAAAUACAAGUCCUGUACAAGAACUUCCAAAAUACGCCUGCUAUGAAUGUUCCGCCCAGUUAAAUAAAUUUUACUUAUUCAGAGAGAAAUGUCUUCGUGGUCAGGCAGCACUGUUGGGUUUAAGACAUUCUUGUGUGAAGGUCACCGGUGAUGUUAUUAAACAGUUAGACAAAAACGUUUUCCAAUUGUCUUCCAAAAUUGGAUUUAGUGAAGUAACAUUUAUCAAUAUAGAACCUCGAACGAUAAUAGAGGCAGAUAAUGAUGAAAUAAAAAUAGAACCGUUUGAAAUAGUCGAUAAUAGAGAUUAUUUUGAUGAGAAAGAAGUAAAGAGAGAGGACAGCGACAAUCACUCAGUGUUUUCAAAUAAUGAUAGACUCUUGUCCAGUGAUGAUGACGAGCCCCUGUCUAAACACAAAGAGAAGAAGAAGGAAAAGAGAGGGAGAAAGAGAAAAAAGAGUGAUGUAGAGAAAAGAACCAAAGUUGAUAAUAAAGUUGAAUCUGAUUUGCCAUUAGCUGAUUCAGCAACAGUUACUCAAGAAACAAUCGCAGAAGUGAAACCGAAACGUGGGAGACCGAGGAAGAACGAUGGAACGAAUAAAGUGAAAAAGGAAGUGAAGCAGCGUCGCACCAACAACACGGGGGGAGUCUCAGACGAGGAUAUCGACCUCGAGAACUACUGCACUAUUGUUACAUUGACGGAAGAGGAGCAAAAAGAAGAAAUCAGACAGAGACAGAAGUCAUCAAAUUAUCUCAAUGCGAUAUACCAGUGCAAGCUGUGCUUCAAAGGGUUCAUCGAUGCUCAGGCUUGGGAACACCACGUCAGCAAACACGAGCCAAGUGCCGGUGAUAUAGAAUGCCCAAUCUGUAAGUUCAGAUUCAAAACAAAGAGAAUACUUCAGAAGCAUGCUUCAAACCACGAAAAGAAAUAUGCGUGCAAGUCUUGCUCGUACGUCUCCAAAACAACAACUCAAGCAAAACAACAUCAGAGAUGGCACAAGGGGGUUACAUACAAGUGCCAACAUUGCGAUGAAAUUUCAACAAAGUGGACAUCGUACCUGAGCCACGUGCGCAUCAAACACCCCUCGCAGUUCAUCUGCGGCGCGUGCGGCUACUCGUUCGUGAGCCGCCUCGGGCUCGCCAUGCACCGCACCAUGAUGCACAAGGCGCUCGAAAAAGAAAAAACCGAAGGCGAGGCGGAAGACAUGCCGUAUUGUGCGCAGUGCGACGUAAAAUUCGUUUCGACAGAGGCGUACAAGCGACACUUGGUCACUUCCAGCAAACACACACAGAGCAACGACUUCAAUUCGGGAUGUCGCGCGUGUGGUGAGCAGUUCAGUGAUCCGGAGGCGUUGCGACUUCAUCACCGUCGCGAACACGCGCGACCUCGGCCUCGGAACUAUGGAAAGAAGCCGCGACUCGCCUGGCCCGCCGUUUGCGACCACUGCUCGGAGGUAAUUCCGAACGCCCGCGAAUACUGGAACCACUUCCGCCGAGUGCAUCCUGACAAGAAUUAUCCCAUUCAGAAGAAUUAUAUCUGCGACAUCUGCGGCAAAGGAUUUCGGGGUAACGCCUUCCUCGUGUACCACAAGCGGACUCACUUCGAGGAGCGCGCUUUUAAAUGUCAACAGUGUCCAAAGGCUUUCUUCAACCGAACAAACUUACAAAUGCACGAGAAAACCCAUUCGGACCAUCGACCCCACGCCUGUUCCAUGUGCUCCAAGGCUUUCAAAUGUAAGGGAGCGUUGGAUAGACAUUUCAGGAGCCACACGGGCGUGAAGCCGUACGCGUGCGAGGUGUGCGGCAAGGCGUUCGCCCAGUCCAACAGUCGCAAGCUGCACGUGCGCACCGUGCACCUCAAGCAACCCUCGCCCUACAUCAGCCGCGCGCGCCUCGAGCGACGGGCCCGCGCGCGCGGCAAGGACCAGCCCGCGCACUUCCUCUACUAG